GUGUGUGUGUGUGUGGAGCUUGGGAGCAUUAUGUCAUUUUGUGUGGUCAGUUGUUGAAAUAUUAUACUGGCUUGAGUGGAACUAGUAAUAACCUGAAUGUUUCUUCCUGCGUCCGCCAUGUUUCUGCCGUGAUGGUCAUGUGAAUAGGAGAAGUGGGCCGGAGAACUUUUUCACACUUUCCUUGCUGUUUGGAAUUUAUUGACUUUACUACUUCCACUUGUUCAUGCUGCUGAUGUAAGAGUUUAUAGUCCAAAAUGAUCAGGGCGGAACGAUCUCGCCAUGCUGCUAAGAUGCGUAGAGACAAGGAGACGGAGGAGAUCUCUGCGCUAUCCAAGCUACUUCCUUACCCGGAGGAAGUCACCAGGAGACUCGAUAAAGGCUCCAUCAUCAGACUCACUACCAGCUAUCUGAGAAUGAAGAAGUUUUCACAGAGAGAAGGAACAGCGUUAUUGGAUGAGCUGAAGAAAAAAGCGAUUACAGCUGGACCUACAAAUGAAUCCUGUAAAGAUAACGAAAAGUCACAAGUCAAUGAAGGUGCUCUUAUGCUUCAGGCUCUGAAUGGAUUUAUACUCUUUGUGUCGCGAAAAGGAGGGAUUCUUUACGUCUCAGAAAACGUAGGAAAACAGAUUGGAAUUCACCAGUAUGACAUGAUAGGUAAUUCCAUCAUGGACUUCAUCCAUCCCGAUGACCAGAAGGAGCUGGCCAAACAGUUUGUAGUUCAGUUUCCCGGGCACCAGACCUUCAAGGGUUACGGCAUGGAGAAACCCGACGACUCCCCUACUGCAAUGAAUAUUAACUUCUUCGACGAAGCAAAGAGGAAAGAAGAGAAUCCAGCUAUAACAGAUUUCAUCCAAGACAGGCAUUUCUUCCUGCGUAUGAAGUCGGUUGUGUCCAGACGUUCUAUCGGCGGGAAAGGAAAAGUUGUGGGAUAUCGGGUUGUGAACUUCUCUGGUCGUCUGAAGCUGAAAGGAUCAAGCAACAGUAAGGGGUACUGCGUGGAGGGCUUGAUCUGCCUGUGCCGUCCUAUCCAACCGCAGCCCAUACUAGAGAUUCGCAUGGAUGGCAACAUGUUCAUGAGCAGACAUGGUCUGGAUAUGAGCUUUACAUUCUGUGACCCAAGGAUCAUAACACUAGUAGGCUAUGAACCUCAUGAAGUGAUCGGGAAGACUGCUUACCAAUUCCAUAAUCCGCUGGAUGCUCGCAAAGUCAGUGAUUGUCACUCCAAACUGAUUGUGAAGGGAAGUAGCAUGAGCAAGUACUAUCGCUUCUUGGGGAAGCUGGGAGAAUGGGUGUGGAUGCAGACGAAGGCCACUAUCAUCUACAACACAAACAAUGUGGCGCAGUAUGUGGUCUGCAUGAAUUAUGUUAUCGGGAAAGACGAAGGUGAACGUCACUUGCUGAUGGAGCAGAUGCAGCAUUCGUUGCAGGGAGUCCUGAUGAGCGAUUCGGAUAGCUGCGGGUCUCCCUGUACCCCAGGCACACCUGGAACCCCCGGUACCCCCACCACCCCUGGGACCGGAUCGUGCUCGGACUUUGGAGAGGCCUCUCCCAAGAUUGUCGAGCUCAAGGAGGAGGAGUUGGCAGAGCUGGUGCCUCAGCCGGUGAGGGAAAACCAGGUGAUCUUGAAACCAGUCGAUGAAUCAAGCUCGGUGUCCUUCAAGGAUCUGAUUAAGGAAUCUAAGCAAUCCAAGGAGGAAGUCGCAAUGGAUGUUUGUGUGAAAAGUGAUAAUGAUGAGGAGAGCAAGAUGCAAUGUGAUGACGCGGUUGGUGUUGCUGACAAAGAAAAUUGUCAAAUGGAGAGCGAUGCCUCGUUUGAGACCAUGGAAGACAAGCAUCCCUUCGCAGAGGAGAUUGUGCCGUUAAGUAAAUCUGAUUCGCCCGCGAGUGAUGUGGACUCAUUGUCCAGUGGUGGCUCAGGGUCGGUUUGUUCGCCGCCAUCUCAAGAGCAUAAGAGACUCAGUAGCUUCGGUGAAGCUGAAGAGAGGGAAUUGCUGAACUUGUUAGACAUUACGACAGAUAAGCCCUUGUCUCCUAUGGGUGAUCUCUCAAGGAUAUCGACAUUGUCAUUUACCGUACCGAGUCCAGAUAAUCUCAGCCAGAUUCUUAGUAGUCCGGGCACGACAAGUCUUUGUGCAGACGGAGAGGUUCAAAGUCCCAACAUGUCAUGGCUGGUGGAAGACGAUGAGGUUUUCACUGAUAAGUUAAAGUGUCCGGCCAAUAACAUUCUUCUGAACUUACUGAAUGAACCUCCCAUCACAGAAAAAAUGAUGAAGCAUGAAAAUGCACAUCAAACAAUUAAACAAUUAUUACUGUCUUCGGGGAAAAACACAGACACUUGCAGAAAUGGGAGUGGGUUGCCAGCUGAUCUAGCUGACUUUUCUUUGGAGUACGCUCCGAAUGGAUCAUGCAACCAGACACCUGUUACGAUUUCACAAGGAGAUGAGUUCCUUGGUGGUGUCACCAAGGUUUCUGAAGGAACCACAUUGCCAGACAUUGUAGAACCACAAGUUACCAAUGCUAUGAACUCUGCUUCUUUACAAACUUCUAUCUCAGUGGCGCAACCCACCAGCUCUUCUCAGUAUUCAGAUGCAACUUCUGUGGUCAACAGCUUUGUGGCCCCUGUAUGCAGUGGACAGUCCAUCCCACCCACCAGCAAUGGUAAUCAGGUACCUGUAACCUCCUGCGACUCACAUGUUGUUACUGAAGGCAUGUCUAAGCUGGAAAUACAGGACCUUCAGAAUCAAAAGACAAUGCAUUCAAUGUUGAAAGCGCUGCUCACAGGAGCUGAAAAGAACCCUCUGUCCACACAAGUUCGCUCAAUUCCUCAACAACUCCAGCUUCCUGUCAGUGAUGGUAUGGACAUCAACGAUGUGUUAGGACCCAUCACGCCGUCCACUAAAGCUGCGGUUGAUACGUUAGACUCGCUUAUCCAGGACCACACCAGUCCUGACAGAGAUUUCUCUAUCAACAACAACAGGAUUAAUCACGAUGAUCUGACACUGUUGCAACAACAGCAGCAACAGAAGGAGAUCUUGGAAAGGGAUUUCAUGCGACAGCAGCAAAUGUUGCGGGACAAUCACCGGCGCCAGCAGCAGAUGAUGGAGGAAGAGCACAGGCGGCAGAUCAUCCAGCGCCAAGCUUUGCAACAGCAAAUGGCCAAACAGGUGCAGCUCAAACUUGUAAAUGGGAGUGUUCAGAACGGAUUGCCGCAAAACAUACCGCAUAAUGGUAUCACCCAGAACGGAACGCCGCAAAGCAAUCUGCUGCAAAAUAACUUGCAGCAACAGAAUGGACUACCGCAGCAGAACGGUCUCGCUGAGCAGAACGGAUGUAGCCAUGGGCCAAAUGAAAAUGGACUUGAUAUCACAGGAAUCAGUGAUUUUGACUUUCAGCAGCAAUUGAAUGCUGUCAUAAAUACCCCUCCUCAGCAGCAACAGCAGCAGCAACAAGCAAUGUUCCAAUCCAAUGGUAUGUACAAUUCCUUGCCAAACUACCACCUCCCUCCACAACAGCAGAAUGGAUUCUCCAGGCAACCAGCGCCAUACCAGCAAGGAAGCCCUCCCAUUGGCCUCUCAUCGUCGCAGCCCAACAAUUUCCCUCUUCAGUCCAGCCAGAACUCUAGUUUAUUAGCUGCCUGUCUCAUGUCUACCUCACAGCAUCAACAACCGCAACAGCAGCAGCAACAACAACCCAUCCAACAGUCGCUUCCACCACUUCCCUUCCAGCACCCCAACAACUCCUCCUCUUCAGGCUUCAACCAGCAGUCCUCGCCCGUCUCGCAUACCACGUCAACGUUAGCCCCGUCAGAUUGGCAGGGUAGGGUUUACAUGGGUAGAUCGACCGGCCCUUCUCCCGACAUGAACAGCUUUCCAGAACCAUGUGUGCUUGGUCAGCAAAUACAGUUCUAAGAAUAUCCAUCCUGUUGUGAUGCUACAGACACACCAAAGAAACUGACUCCAAACCGACCAGUGACAUGCCAUUGGUCGGUUUGGAAUUGGUUUCGUCGAUGUGACUGUUGCAUCACCCAUUUAUUAACUUUCUUAACAACUCCUUGGGAAAUGUUUUAUCUAAUCCUUAGAUCUGUAGAUUUGAAAAUGAGAUGUGUGUUUUUUUUUCCAACAAUAUAAAAUAAGUAAUUUGUCUCGUAGGCUGUAUCAUAAAUUAGUUCCAGUACCAGUUAUUAAACAAACAAUUCUCUCUUUCAGUGAUUCAUGCAAGAGAUGCAAGGUUGCAAUAUAUAUAUCAAAUAUAAAGUGAGAGUAUGAAAGAGUUUUUGGAAAUUCCCGCAAGAUUUAUAUGCUAUGGAAUUAAAUCAACUUUAUGCUAAUGGCGAUGUGAAUGAAAACAAACACAUCUGUCAUUAAUGAACUUAUUUUACAUUUGAAAGAAUAAAAUGUUGUGUUCUAUAGAAUACAGUGAAAGAAGAAGUCAUUAAUACUCCUGUCAAAGAUUUCAAACAUCACAUGUUUUAGUUACUUCUCUACAUAUAUCCAGUUCAUAUAGAUUUGAUUCGAAUGAAUGAAGGUUGUCUUGGAUUUUAUUUUACAAGCAAGUAUUUGGAAAUAGUAUUUACAUUUGAGCUUUUUAUAAAUGUCAAAUUACUUUGAUUGCAACCAAUGUGUGAUAUCUGCAAGACUCUCAUACCAAAUCAUUUUAAUCUUUCCUGACUAGACUCUUCAUUUAACGAGACCAUAUCUUUGAAAUGCAGCAUUUGUAGGCAAACAGAGUCAAGGAUGUCUAUGUUUCAUAAGCAAAUGUUCAUGCUAUAUUACAAAGGCUGUAUGACAAUUCAUUCUUACCGAUUGGUACAAAUCUAAAAGCUCUUCCUUUCUUUUAUCUAAUUAGUUAUUAUUACAAUGAAUUCCCACUAUUGUUUCAAUACAUGGAAUAGUAGUCUACAUGGGCUGUGUGGUCUAGCGGGUAGAGCAUUUGGACUCAUGAUUUUCAGGUAGUGAGUUCAAAUCCCUGCUUGGCCAUCAUCUCCACUUUAACCAAACAGGCCAGAGAGUGGUUUCUGUCAUCUAUAAUAUCAGCCACUAAGACUGAUUAUCUUAGAUGUAAGAUGUUUUUGAUGUAAUCUGUUAUACUAGCUUGGAGUAAACCUGCGGUGCCAAGUUCCUAUGGGAGUAACCUAGACAGAAAAAAUGAAUCUUUGCAGAUGUUCUUUGACUUGGUAGAUAAAUGUAUAUGAAGUAUCUCUAAAAAGAACCUUAUAUAGCUUGCCCUUAUUGGGCAACUUAGUGCUUCUUGAUAUUGAGUUUGAUGCUGCAAUUUAUUUGUUAAGUGCCUUGUGCAUAUGUAUAAAAUAGGGAACCUAUGAAAAUGGUUUAUAAUGAAGAUUAAGUAUGAGUAACUCAUUCAGCUGGAAUUACAAUUUUUGAAAGAUGAGCGGUUGUUUCACAAAGUCUUAAGUGUGAAUUAGAGUCAUGCUUAAACUCCAAGGUGCACAUGGUAUCGAAUGCAUAACUUAAUUGAUAACCACACAGCAGUGCGCGUCCUCUGGGCAUGAUUGGUCUAUUACAGUGAUGCAUAAUUAUAUACCACUCGCAAAUGGGAAUUUAAGUGUGACUUUUCGUCAAACUCAAAUCUUUGUGAAACCCGCCCCUGGUCCCUGUUCCAUAAAGACUUACAAUUAUGGAAGCUUUGCUAUUAUUGUAGGUACCUACAUGUUCCAUGGAAACCUUUAUUUGGGUUGGAUUCUGAGCCUAGCUGGUUCCACUGUAAUUAUAAUAAUGGCAGGGUUACCGUUAUCAUAAGUCUUCAGGAAACAGGUGCCUGGAGGUAUGUUUCACAAAUAUCAAGGGUAAAUGAAAUAGAAUGUAAUUAUGGCAAGUCAUUCACUCCGUAUUUUCUGGGUGAUUUUCUUCAAUGAACUAUCAAAAAUGUAAAUUCAGUGGUAAUUAGGGCCCACAAAAUAUUCCAUUCUUGGGUAUAUUAUUAUCUCCUUGUUUAGCAAGAUGAUAGGAAAAUAUAUCGCCCCCUGAUGGUAAAGUCAAGCAAUUUUUUGCCAUGUUUCAUUGUCAGGGAUAAGAGUAUAUACUGUAGAGGAUAAACAUCAUUAGGCAUUAGUAAGAAUGACAAGCACAAGAUACCUUUGGAAUAAUUCUAACAUGCCAGAGACAGAGCCGAGGGCAUUUGGACUUAUUUUAAUGGUAAAAAAGUAUGUGACCAUCAUUUACCUACCUGCUCCCAGAAUUGUGUAUUGAAAUUUGGUUCGGAUGGCUUGCCAUAAUAAAUUGCCUUCUUUGUCAAUUCUUAACUAAACAUCAGUUAGAGUGAUAAACAUAAUGCAGAGUUUGGACAUAAAGACGAUAGUAUUCUGAACUCUUGUUUAACUUAAACUAUGGUCUUCGCCUAAGUAAUAGGUUGCCAAAAGUGUCAAGACUGCGUUUGCACUCUAAAUUUCUUAUCUUAUCUUUACUUGGAUCUUUAUCAUGCCUUGGUGGUGGAAAAGACAACAGAAGUUAUAAAUCCUUGAUAUUUUUAAAACAUUUGCUCAAUAUUUGUAUGCCCACGUUUGGCUUUACAAAGUUUAACCAAACAUAUAGACCAUGGUUUAAGUUGCAUAUGAGUUCAAAAUACAGACCAAUUCAUAAUUCUGCUAUGUAUGACCACAAAAAAGAUAUGUUAUAUUUUAAUUUAAUCAGAUUCAAUCAAUGUUUCGGUUAAGAAGAGGAUGCAUAUUUUUAAUACGUUCUAUGAAUGCAAACUGAUGUCAAUGCAUCACUGUCCAAAGCUUGGAAUUCGUUUACAAAAAGUUGAUUGAUAAGUGGAUCCUAUUUGCAAGGAAACCAAUUAAACAAAACUUUC